AUGUUUCUUUCGAAAUGUUUAGCAUUAAUAUUUUUAUAUUGUACAGUUCAAAGCCAACUCAGGAUAGAUCCUUUAGUUCAAACUAGUGUCGGUUUAAUAAAAGGUUUAAGGGCUGAUGAUGGCGAUUACUCAAUGUUCCUUGGAAUACCGUUUGGACAAGUUGAUGUGAAUAAUCCCUUUGGAGUCGCAAAACCUUAUCCAGCGUUUGAAAAUACUUUCGAGGCAUUCAAUGACUCAACAGCAAUCAUACAAAGUGCUACAUCCUUAUCACCUAUUUUUAGAGAGCCACUUAAGAAUGCGCCAAUAGUACUUGCAGAAUUUUUAGGCUAUCCGACCAAUGAUAUGGAUGAAGCUCUUAAUUUCUUAGUGGAGACCGACAGUCAAUUAGUUAUGGCUGCUGUUAGGAAUUUAGGGUUGGAUAGUUUUUUCAGGCCUUGCAUCGAAAAAGAGUUCGAUGGUGUCGAAAGUUUCCUAACAGAGAAUUGGAUUACAGCUAAAAUACCUAAAAUUAAAAAUAUUCCUAUCCUGAUUGGCUUCAAUAGUGACGAACAGUAUUAUAAAUAUACGUCUGAAAAUGACGAAUAUUAUCAGAACCUUAAUAUCUUUGAGACCGUUCUUCCUUUAGGUUUUGAUGCUGACGCUGAUGAAUUUAAUGGCAUGAAAGAUAUCGUACGUCAUUUUUACUUUGCUGAUGAACCAAUAAGUGCAACAGUCAAACAGGGUGUUAUCGACUUCGAUUCAGACUUUAAUUUCGUUCAUCCAACUUACAGAAGCAUUUCAAAGUAUUUAGAUAACGAAGUGGGAAAUAUAUUUUUGUAUGUAUUUUCAUACGUCGGUGAAAGGAACUAUUUAAAGGAUUAUUUAAAUAUAUCCGAGGCUACAGGUGCGGCUCAUUGUGAUGAAACUGGCUAUUUAUUUGACAUAUUUUAUAUGAAGACUAAACCAAUAACCCCUGAGGAUCAAGUAAUUAUUGAUCAAAGUACCACAAUGUUAGCCAACUUCGUUAAGUUUGGUAACCCCACACCUGAAGUAUCGGCACUGCUUCCAAUACAGUGGACUCCAAUCACCAGCAAGUCAAUGACACCUGCGAUGAACAUUGAUUCUCCCUUAAAACUUGAGAAUCGGCCUUUUAAUGAACGUGUCACUUUCUGGGAUCUUUUUUAUAGAGCAAAUGCAUAUCUUCAAAUAGCUUAUCCUAGUGCUAAAGUUUCCCUUACUGACAACUCCUAA